CGCAGCUUCCGAUUUCCUCGCCGGACUUAUGUACCAACAGACCAACCGGAAGUGGCCGCUACAGUUUAGAGAACGGCCGCCGUUGGGGCGAGGGGGGGGCGGCUGCGUUCGCUUUCCGAAUCCGCGGAUGGUGCAGAGAAGCCGCCUUAACGAGGGCUCUGCGCCUCACGCCGUGCCGGGCCUCCUCCACCCCACAGGCGGGGCGCUUACCUGACUCGGACGAAGAGCAAGAUGGCUCACAGCCAAGCUAAAAAACGCAGGAGGAGUCGAAGCGAUUCCCGGAGCCGGCAGCGAGACAAGGAGGAAGAUAAGAAAAGGAGGAAGAACAGCAAAGGUUCCCGAGAGAGGAGGAGUUGGUCCCCAGCAAGCAAAAAAGAAUCGGAACCCCAGGAAUUCAGGAUGAGUUUAUCCUCUUCCAAAGAUGUGAGAAAGAAGCAGAAAGUGAAGAAGAAAAGGAAAAAGAAGGCCAGCUCCUCCUCCUCCUCUGAGACCACCUCUUCCUCCUCCUCCUCUUCUGGGUCGGCCUCCUCUUCCAGUGCCUCCUCGGACGAGUCCCACAACGAAAAGGCCAAAUCCGAAAAGAAAAAGCAGAGGAAGAAGAAGGCUUCCAAAGGGAAAGACAAGAAGCGGAAGAAACGAAAAGAGAAAAAGAAGAAGAAGAAAGCCAAGAAGGAGAGGGGAAAAGAGGAGGCAACUAAGAAGGAGGAGGCUCCAGGCCCUUCACUGGAGCAGUGGCAGAAGGAGGCUGGAUCGGAUUCUGGGCCUGCCCUGACGGACGAACAGAAGUUCCGCAUCCAGGCCAUGAAGCCAAUGACAAAAGAGGAGUGGGACGCCCGCCAGAGCGUUAUACGGAAGGUCCUCGACCCUGAAACGGGCCGGAUGAGGCUUAUUAAAGGCGACGGAGAGGUCCUGGAGGAGAUUGUGACGAAAGAAAGGCAUAAAGAAAUAAACAAGCAAUCCACCCGGGGAGACGGCUUUUCAUUUCAGAUGAAGAUGGGGAUGCUGCAGUAGCGGGACGGAUUUCUGAAACGGCAGAGAUGGCCUCCUUGGCUGUUUGCAAAGCUUUCGCCCCAA